CUACAGCUGGGGCAAUAACGUGGAGUAAACCGUGGCGAAAAGGAAAUCUUCAGAGGUGUUUUAUCACUAAAUCCGAUGGGCCAGUUAUUUCGUGUCUUUGUGUAGCCCGGAUCUGUCAAAGGGGAAAGGAAUUCGCUACCAGCUUUGAAUCGAGUCUACACUCUCUGCCGGGAGAGUACAGACAGGGACAGACUGCGAGCAGGUUUACUUUGUAAUCAUGGCUGAGAAUGAAGCUAAAGAUAUUGGGAAAACAAACAACACCAGCAUUGAGAAUCUGACUGAAGAUGGCUUCCCUCUGUCUUCGCUGGCCAACCUAUUUGAGAAUGAAGACGGUGGUGCAACUGCUGAAGGGCCUCGAAUGGCUACCCGGGAGAGUGGUGACAGCAACAAACAGAACCUGAGGUUCAAAUUCCAAGGAGCUUUCAAAAACCGAAUGCCCAACCCAAUAGACCUUUUGGAGUCCUCCAUCUAUGACUCAUCCAUGCCCAGUAUGGCUCCCGCCCCGAAAAAGGCUCCUAUGGACUCGCUUUUUGACUAUGGGUCGUACAGACAGGGGAGUGACGACAAGCGCAAGAAAAAGAAACCAGCCAAAGAUAAAAACAGUCCAAAAGUAAAGGCGCCUGCACCAGAACCACCACCUGUUCUGAAGGUCUUUAACAGGACCCUUCUGUUUGAGGUUGUGUCACAAGGGUCUGUAGCUGAACUGGACGGCCUGCUUGUCUUUCUACUGAGUCAAAAGAAGCGUCUGACGGAUGAGGAAUUUCGAGAACCCUCGACAGGGAAAACAUGUUUGCCAAAAGCACUGUUAAACCUAACCAAUGGAAAGAAUGAUACCAUUCCUGUGGUGCUUGAGAUAGCAGAAAAAACAGGAAACCUUCGAGAGUUCAUCAAUGCACCGUUCCGGGAUGUUUAUUACAGAGGCCAGACUGCACUUCACAUCGCCAUUGAACGCCGUUGUAAACAUUACGUUGAGCUGCUGGUUGAAAAGGGAGCUGAUGUCCAUGCACAGGCCCGAGGCAAAUUCUUCCAGCCCAAAGACGAAGGUGGAUACUUUUAUUUUGGUGAAUUACCCCUCUCUCUGGCUGCCUGCACAAACCAGCCAGAUAUUGUCAACUACCUCACUGAAAACCCAGAUAAGAUCGCGGACCUGCGGAGACAGGACUCACGAGGAAACACCGUGCUCCAUGCUUUGGUUGCCAUUGCUGAUAACACCAGGGAGAAUACCAAGUUUUUGACUAAAAUGUAUGACUUGUUCCUCAUCAAAUGUGCCAAGAUGUACCCAGACUGCAACCUGGAGGCCAUCUUAAAUAAUGACGGGCUGUCGCCACUCAAGAUGGCAGCAAAGCUUGGCAAGAUUGGGGUUUUUCAGCACAUUAUCAGGAGGGAGAUAAAGGAUGAAAGUGCUCGUCACCUUUCUCGCAAAUUUAGGGACUGGGCCUAUGGGCCAGUGUACUCCUCGCUUUAUGAUCUCUCAGCAAUAGACACAUGUGGGGAGGAGGUGUCAUUGCUGGAGAUACUGGUCUACAAUGGAAAGAUAGAGAAUCGUUAUGAAAUGUUAGCUGUGGAACCAAUUAAUGAAUUAUUUCGUGAUAAGUGGAAGAAGUUUGCAGCUGUGUCCUUCUACCUCAGUGUUGUCUCCUAUAUCACAGCCAUGGUCAUAUUUACCCUUAUUGCCUAUUAUAGGCCUUCUGAAGGCAAACCUCCUUACCCGUACACUACAACAGUUGACUACUUUCGAAUGGCUGGGGAAAUUAUCACUGUCGUUACUGCCAUCUUCUUCUUUUUCACAAAUGUGAAGGACUUAUUCCUGAAGAAAUGUCCAGGAGUGAAUUCCAUGUUUAUUGAUGGAUCUUUCCAGCUGCUUUAUUUUAUUUAUUCCAUCCUGGUGUUGGUGUCGGCGGGACUGUACUUGGCUGGUGAGGAGUCCUAUCUUGCUGUAAUGGUGUUUGCUCUGGUCUUAGGCUGGAUAAACACACUGUACUUCACCAGAGGCCUGAAGCUAACAGGGACCUACAGCAUUAUGAUACAGAAGAUCCUGGUUAAAGACCUUUUCCGGUUCCUUCUGGUUUACGUGUUGUUCAUGAUUGGCUUCACAUCAGCCCUGGUCUCACUGUUGAUGACUUGUCCCAGUGAUGAUAUUACACUUCAAACUUGUGACAUAACAUCUGACUCACCCAACUGUACAAGUUCGACAUAUCCCAUCUGUAGAGACAACUUGUCAUUCAGCAAGUUCCUGCUGGAGCUUUUCCGACUCACCAUUGGCAUGGGUGACCUUGAUGUUAUCAACAAUGCCAAGUACCCCAUAGUGUUUGUCAUCCUUCUGGUGUCCUACAUUAUCCUAACCUUUGUGCUCCUGCUGAACAUGUUAAUUGCUUUGAUGGGUGAAACUGUGGGUCAGGUCUCUAAGAAGAGCAAGCAAAUCUGGAGACUGCAGUGGGCUACAACAAUCCUGGAUAUCGAGAGAUCAUUCCCAGUGUUUCUAAGGAAAGCGUUUCGUUCUGGUGAGAUGGUUACUGUGGGAAUCAAUUCUGAUGGUACUCCUGACAGGAGAUGGUGCUUUCGAGUGGAUGAGGUCAACUGGUCUCAUUGGAACCAAAAUGUUGGAAUUAUUAAUGAAGAUCCGGGUAGGAGUGACACCUACCAAUAUGACGCUGGUUUUACUCACACCAUUGGGCGGCUACGGCGAGACCGCUGGUCAACUGUGGUUCCACGUGUUGUGGAGUUGAAUAAAAGUUCUCGUCCUGAUGAUUAUGUGGUGAGAAUGGAGCACCUUGCGUUGGAAAGGAAAUAUGGAGAUGGAAAUUGGCAGCAACAUAGCCACCGGAAGAAAGAUGAAACACACAUUUAAUUAUUUAUGUUAUUUGAUAGAUGCUGGAAUUGAACUGACAAAGCCAGAACCAAUUCAAAAUCAGGUUGAGGUUCUUGCAAGGGAAUGUUUAUGAUUGAAAGUUAGUGCCACAUGACACACGCUGUCCCUUGUAGGGAUCUGUACACAGUAUAUUCCAGUUCAAGAUGCUCAACACUAGAAUGUUCGUGCCAGUUAAGAACAGACUAUCUUGGAAAUAUUUACUUCCCUCACUCAGCUGUUGUGAAGUCAUUUUCCACUCUGCUGUUCUGCAGUAAUGUCUUCCUGGGAGCAGGGACUGACUGCACCAAGUUUAUUGACUGUCUCCUCACUCCAUCUCCAUUGUUGUUUUUCAUCAAAUAAUAUAAUGCCACAGGUGGUUGGAUCUAUGGGGUUGAAUUUCUGUGAGUGUUUCUGAUUUCAUAGAAGCAUGAGGCAGAUUCUGCUCACAGUAGACAUUUCACUGUAUGGUCUCUGCAUUAUGGGAUAAACACAUUGGUGUAUGUUUUUAUAAUGCUCAGUACAGGACUGGAUAUCCAUGCAGAAGAAUUAUUUAUGCUCCAUCAUUUCUCCUCCAGCCACUGGACUGGAUAUUCAUAAAAGUAAGGUGGAGAGAGCAAGAGGACUUUAUUAAUGUUUGCAUUUACUAUGCUAUUGUCCAGUUCCUUGUAACUGAGUUGGGUGUGCACCAACUCUUUCACUCAGGAGUGCCUACAAUUUCCAUUUCCACUGGGAAAUACUGAAGACACUGCUCUCAUGUGAAUACUCUUUUUGUAUACAGCUAAAUUGAAGUGAGCUUUUCUAAACCCUCCAAUCAGCCUCUGUUACUAGGCAGAGUGGGAUCAGCAGAAGCACAAAUUGCUACUUGUCUGGCAGUGUAACUAACCCAAAACCAGCCAACACGUGAUUGGCACGAAUCCAUUCUCAACAAAGACAACUCAGAUAGAAAAAAAUCCUCAGGAAAGUAAUAAGAUAUUGUGACAUGCUACACAGGAGAAUAUCAUCCCCCAUGUAUACAUUUGUACAUAAUAUAAAAGGGAUAAUGAUAGCUAAAUAACACCAUGCUUGGCUCUUAUGGCUUGCUGAUAUGAUCCAUAGCUUUGCAAUUGUAGAUUUUUUGCACUAUCAAAUACACAUAUAUUCUGCCUCUGUUGAGGAGAAUCCUGUUGACCUUGAUUAUUCAUUUUUUUAAAAAGUAGGUAUUGGACUAUCUGACUCUGAGGGUGCUAUUCAGCUUUAGCUGUUCGAGCAGAUCAUUUGUCUAUGAAUCUGUCUGAUUUUCAUAACCCAUGGUCUUAGAGCAUCUUCUUAAUUAGAUAAAUAAUUCCACUAAUUUAUCACCUAAAUUGCCACCUCUGCCUUGGGCAUAAAUGGGGUUACAUUGGGCAUUAAAUUGGCUUGUAACUCAUCACUCUAUUUGCAAUAGCACUAAAGGCACCAUGCUCUCAAUUUAGGAUUGUAAAAGAGGUGGUUGGAUUUCUUGCCUGGUUCAAUAGGAGACCACCUGUAAUAUGGAAAUCAAGAUCUUAUCAUCAUCCAGUUGUGAGGGGGAGUGGUAGACAUGGUGGAUUUGUCUUUGCUGACAUUAACUGACUUAGCCUUAAAGGAACCACAGGGGCUGCCUGAAUAGACUUUUAACACUUUUUUGUGAAGUCAGAAAACGUGUUAACUCCUCCAGUGCCUGUGUUUACAGCCUGCUCAUUCCCUACUGUGUACCUCAAGAUAAAACUAGCCUCUAAUCACAGUCACUAAACUAGACUAGUGCUGCUUCUAAAGGAAGGCUGCAGUCUUUAAGGUGGACCUUAAAUGUGAUGUUAAAAGUACUUUUCUAUGUUGACAUUAUGAAACAAGGGCAACACAAAUUUGCAAGUAUGUAUAGUUUUUUUUAAGUUGAUUGAUAGGAAUUUAAUCUAUAAUAUUAGGCAAGUGAUAUUUGAAUUGUAUACCACUUACAGUGCAGAAACAGGCCAUUCAACACAUCAGGUCCACACCCGGGUGUAUUGCUAUGGGCAUUCUAUCCUUUAUCAUUUCAUUCCAUCAACAUGUCCUCCUCUUGUCUCUUGUCUCUGUGAUAAUCAACAUGACUGUGGAUGCCUGGAGUAUUUGGGGUCAUAUUUGGCCAGGUUACUCAUGCUGGCUUUCUGGCAGAUUCAUAAUGCAGAGUUGAACAGAAUCUGUGAGGAGUGUGUGGUAUUUCUUAUUCCCCAGCUAUCACCAGAUGACGUGUUUUGGUGAGUGACAAUCCCAUCACUGAUACAAUCACCAUAAUACACAGCCUGAUCACAGUUCCAAAUCUCCUUAUCUCCUCAUCCAUGCAUUCUCUGUGUGAAGCACAUCUGAGAUCAGCAAGUGAACAGAGGAGACAGGAACAGACAAUAACCCAUCUGAUUGUUCCUUUUUCCUUGUGGGAGGUGAUGGCCUAGUGGUAUUAGCGUUGAACUGUUAACCCAAAGACCCGGAUGAUGUUCUGGGGAUCUGGGUUCAAAUUCCACCACUGCAGAAUUUGAAUUCAACAAAAACAAAUUCUGGAAUUAGGGGUCAAAUGAUGAUCAAGAAUCAAUUGUCAGAAAAACCCAGCUGGUUCACGAACAUCUUUGAGAGAAGGAAAUGGCCAUCCUUACUGAUUUGGUCUACAUGUAAUUCCAGACCCACAGCAAUGUGGUUGACUCUUAACUGCCCUUUGGGCAAUAAAUGCUACCUAGCUAGCAAUGUCCACAGCCCUUGAAUGAAUAAAGAAAAAACAAAGUUCUGAUGACAGUGGGGCAGGUAUUUAUGGUGGGUGUGUAACAUUGGCCAAGUGCCUAAUCAACCUCUGAGUUCACCCCUUAACACAGAGUGUGCACAUGUUGGAAUCAGCAGCUCAGCCUCCCCAUUGGCACAAGCAGAUGGGUAGGACUGGCCAGGCAUUUUAUUUAUGAAACAUCAGGAGGUAAAGGGGAACAAUGUUUUCAGGGAGUGCCUUUUGCGCAAAAAGAGCACACCCUCCCCAGAAGAUUGAACCUCUGUCUACCAUCCCACCUGUCUACGCCGGAAGACCCAACCCCUGAUUCCCUCCUCAAGCUUUCCAACUCUUUCACAACCCAGCACCUCAGACUUUGGGACCCAUACUUCAUCCUUUCUGGGUGUACCUACAGAACCAAUGACCACCACUGGGAGCAGGCACUGCAGGAGCUACUGGCCAUGAGCUUUCGAGGGCUGGAGCUCCUUCCCAGUGAAUGGUGCCAGCUGGCAGUGGGCUUCUUUCAGAUCUAUCUGCUUGCCACUGACACCUCAAGACCAAUAUCUACUUCAUUAGAUUCCUGUUCCAAUAGAUUAUAGCUGAAACUACAUUGGGCAAGACAAGGAAAUAAAGGGGUAGUGAUCAUCACUUAUUUGAUAUUUACAUUACUAUUUAAUGAGGUGUGUCAAGUGUUGGAUAAACAUCACCUCAGGGAGAUGAUGGACAAGUGGUAUAUUACUAGACUAUUAAUCCAGAAAGUCAGCAAAUGUCCUGGGGACACAAGUUCAUAUUCUGCUUUGGUAGGUUGUGAAAUUUGAAUUCCAUAAAUAUCUGGAAUUAUGAAUCUAAUGAUGACAUUGUCAGGAAAAACCCAUCUGGUUCACUAAUGUCCUUUAAGGAAGGAAACUUCCAUCCUUACCUGACCCCAGACCCACAGCAACGUGGUUGAUACUUAACCAUCCGUAUAAGUCCUGAGGGCAGUUAACAAAUAGGUAACUAAUAGGGAUAGGAAUAACUGCUGGCCUGGCCAGUGACACAGGAAUGAAGAAAAGAAUAUUCAUUAAAAAUUUAGCCCUUGUUCAGGAAAGGAAUGUUCAUUUUUAGCCUUCCUAUGUUGCACAACACUGUCAGCCAACUGCUUGCAGAAGACCCGCUCACUCAAACCUCCACUCACAUCAAUAAAACAAACUAGUGUUCUGCAUGGUGCAGGAGAAGGAUGAAUACUAGUUGUAGAAAAUUACUUGAUACAUUUAUCCUGAAGCAGCAGUUUAGAUCUGUGAGUGAUUGGAAAUCACCCAAUGAGCCCAUGCUGGACAUACCUUGUCAUACCACGUUGUUAGAACACAUCAUAAAGCAAUCCAUCAUUAGUAGUUGAUACUGUUUUGGUACAAUUGGUCCCCUUACUAAGGAAAGAUAUUAUUUAAUUGGAGGCAGUUCAGAGAAGGUUCACUGGGAUAAUCCUUAGUAUGGAGGGAUUAUUUUAUGAGCAAAGUCUGAAUAGGUUGUGUCUCUACUCCCUGGAGUUUAGAGGAAUGAGAGUUGACCUUAUUGAAACAUCUAGGAUUCUUAAGGGGCUCCAUAUUAGGAAAGGUGAAACAGAGGUUCACUAAAAUAUUACCAGAGUGUAAAGAUUACUAUCCCAAGAGAGGCUUGAGCAUUUGUGGCUUUUGAAAGGCUGAUCUAGUUAGGUAACCAUAAUUCAUAAGGUCUAAAAGCUAUUAGUGAUUGUUUCCACUUGUCAAUGAAAUGGUAACCAGAAACAGAAAUUUAGAUAAUUGCAGAAAAUAGUUAAAGGAGAUGCUAGAAAGGAAGUCUUCACAUGGAGGGUGAUCAGAAUGUGGACUUGUCCAUUUCCAACCAUUGGUGAAGCUGAGUUCUCCACAACUUCUACUUUAAAAAAGAAUUAGAGUAUUGCUUCAGUGAAAGAGCAUUAUUAAAUAUUUUAUAGAGCAAACAGGAAAUUGGACCAAGUGACUCACUUGGAGAACACUGAUGUUGAAAGUGGUCACUUUCUGAAUGGUUUCAUUCCACAGCCAAAAAGUAUGUGGUGGCUUUAAACUUAAAAGUUGCCAUAGUUCUACUGGACCAAAGGGUUGUUCUCUCAUUAGAGAGAGGAACUUCUUAUAAAAAAUUACAACAAUAAGAAUGAAAAAAAUCUUCCUAGUCAAUUCCAGAUUAAAAAAUGUAAAAAACUUUCAUCCAACAU